UCCCCACCUAACGGUCCUCGCGAGCCUGGCUGCGCGCGCGGGCAGGGUGCCUCCCGCCCCCCCCCUGCAGGGGGCGCGCAGAGGAGCCGCGGCGAGGAGAGAGCCCCAGCCGGCUACCGCCGGCCUCCGCCCCUACCGGGCACACACACCGUAGCCCCCAGGUUCCAACCUGGCAGAUGGGCCCGGGGGGCCUUGGUGUGGGGCAUACCCUCGCUUGCACAAGGACUUCCGAGGGGCUGGAGACCUGUGUUGCAGAGGGAUGGCGUGCCAUAUGGCAUCCCCACCGCUGCUGCAGGAUCUAACAACACAUUUCCAAACUGUUGCCAGCGAAGCAUCCUAAAGUAUGGAGAACUUUAUCCUUUAUGAAGAGAUAGGAAGAGGAAACAAGACAGUUGUUUAUAAAGGAAGAAGAAAAGGGACAAUUAAUUUCGUUGCCAUUCUUUGCACGGAAAAAUGCAAAAGAGCUGAAAUAACGAACUGGGUUCGUCUAACUCAUGAAAUCAGACAUAAGAAUAUAGUGACUUUUCAUGAAUGGUAUGAAACAAGCAACCAUCUCUGGCUUGUAGUGGAAUUAUGCACAGGUGGUUCUCUAGAAUCAGUUAUUGCUCAAGAUGAACAUCUACCUGAAGAUGUAGUGAGAGAAUUUGGUGCUGAUUUGAUUACUGGUUUAUACCAUAUUCAUAAUCUUGGAAUUAUCUUUUGUGGACUGACGCCUGGAAAGAUCCUGCUGGAAGGGCCUGGCACUCUGAAAUUCAGCAAUUUUUGCUUGGCCAAGGCAGAUGGUGAAAACUUGGAAGAAUUUUUUGCUUUAGUUGGAUCUGAGGAAGGAGCAGGAGAUGUCAGUGAAAGCACUCCACAAAGAUACCUGAAAAAUAGAUUCCGAGGCCCUCCAUUAUACACAGCUCCAGAAGCAAUAAGGGGAGAAGACUUCUCCAGAUCCAGUGAUCUGUGGUCCUUGGGCUGUUUACUUUAUGAAAUGUUCUCAGGAAGACCACCGUUCUUCUCAGACAGCUUUGCUGAACUAAUUGAAAAGAUUUUAUAUGAAGAUCCAUUGCCACCUAGACCAAAGGGCUCUGCUUUUCAGAAACCGUCUGCAGAGUUUGUUAGUUUGCUUGCUGGCUUACUUCGAAAAGAUCCACAGAAAAGGCUGAAUUGGAGAGACCUGUUGCAGCAUCCAUUCUGGAAAGGCUCCUUUAGCCAUUGUGAUAAUGAUUCUGCAAACAGUCAGAACAUAAGCUCAAGUAGUGAAGACACAGUGUCAUCUGUAUGUUGCGAUGUCAAGGAGCCAGUAGAUCCUCAUAAAGAUCUAGAUAACCUGUCAUCCUCAAGAACAGAUAAUAAGCUGCCUAGCAAUUCUUUCAAAAUAGUAGAAAAUCUGACUGAAUUGCAGCCAAAAAGUGCAGCUGAUGGUGAAUCAAACGAAUCCAUAUUUCUCCUCAGUUCUCGUCCCACUCCUAGAACUAGCACUGCUGUAGAAGUAAGUGAUGCUACUACUGCCCCUAUCCAGAGUUCUCCCCAAAGAGAUUUGUGCUUGACAAAGGCUAAAAAUAUGUACUCAAGUCAGCAGGAUAUGGAGUCAACAUUGAAAGAGCUCAUUUACACUGAAUCUGAUCUUAUCGUAACACCGAUCAUUGACAAUCCAAAGAUAAUGAAGCCAAUGCCAGUUAGAUUUGACUUGAAAACUUUGCAUAUACCAGCACAUUCAGCUGAGAAAUUAUUAUCUAUGAAAGACAUGGACUGGAAUGACUUCUUGCAACAAAUAUGUUCAUUGCUUGAUUCUGUUGAGAAGAAUACAGGAGCAGCACGUUCUAAACUGAACUUACUGUAUUAUCUGUGCACUGUGGCUGUCCAUAAGGAGGUUGCAAGCAGGCUAAUGAGCUCUCAGCUGUUUCCUGUAUUAAUACAGCAGCUGCGCUCAGCCACCAGCUGGGAUAUACGUGCCAAAGUUGCUCGAGUGAUUGGUUUACUGGCAUUACACACAUCUGAACUCGGAGAAAACGUUCCUGUUUCUGAGGCAAUCAUAAUUUUAACUGAACUGAUCAGAGAGAACUUCAGGAAUAGCAAAUUGAAACAAUGCCUUUUGCCAGCACUUGGGGAGCUUCUUUACCUCAUAGCCAAUCAGGAGGAAAAAAAAGAGCACCCUAGAGAAUGCUGGGUUGUUCCCUUGGCUGCUUACACUGUGCUAAUGAGGUGCCUUCGGGAAGGGGAAGAGCGUGUAGUGAACCAUUUGGCAGCUAAAAUCAUUGAAAAUGUUUGCACUACUUGCUCUGGCCAUGCACAAGGAUUUAUUACAGCAGAAAUUGGACCUGUGUUGUGGUACCUUUUCACACAUUCUACAGUAGAUUCCCUGAAGAUAACUGCUGUUUCGGCUUUAUGCAGAAUUACUCGUUACUCACCCAGUGCUUUCCAGAGUGUCAUUGAAAAAGUGGGAUUAACAGCUGUACUAAAUUCCCUGGCAACUGGAAUAUGCAGAAUUCAGCAGUAUAUGCUCACCAUGUUUUCUGCUAUGUUGUUGUGUGGGAUUCAUCUACAGAGAUUGAUUCAAGAAAAGGAUUUUGUGACUACAGUUAUUCAUUUAUUUGAAAGUCCUUCAACUUUCAUUCGAGCAAAAGCCUUUCUGGUCCUGUUGCAAGUUUUAAUUAAUAACAGAGAGAUGUUGCUACUCAGUUGUCAAGCAAGACUCGUGAUAUAUAUUGAAAGAGACAGCAGAAAGGCCACACCAGGAAAAGAACAGCAAAGCAGCAAUGAAUACCUGUCAAAAUGCCUGGAUCUUCUCAUAUAUCACAUUGUACAGGAACUGCCAAGAAUUCUAGGUGACAUUCUCAGUGCCUUAACUAAUGUCUCUGGACGUAAACACCCGUCAACAGUUCAGGCCAAACAGCUGAAGAUGUGCCUUCCCAUGAUGCCUGUAGUGCUUCAUCUUGUGACAUCCCAGAUAUUUCGUCCCAAGAUAGUAACAGAGGAGUUUCUUUUCAAUUAUGGGAUCUUACUUAAUUUCAUCAGAUCAAUAGAUUCAGGAGAGACAAAUUUGGAUGGAGCAAUAGGGCAAGCUGCAUCAGAAGAAUUGAUUAAGACUACUUUAUCAACAUUUGAAGCGGUAACACAGCAUCCUGUCUUGUUGACAAUCCAUCGCUUGACAGUUGAAGACUAUAUCCUCCCACCAUUAGUUUCCCUGGUCCGCAGUCAGAAUGUGGAAUGGAGACUCUUCAGCUUGCGGUUGCUCUCAGAAAUCACAUCACUGCUUGUAAGCCACGAGGUCAUGGCUGAGGAGAAAGAGGAGAGCCUCAACUCAAACAGCAAGCUUCUGUCUCUCAUUAGAGACUCAUUGCUGCCUCAGUAUGAGCACAUUCUGAUGGCUCCUGACCCAGUACCAGUGUAUGCUCUGAAACUGUUAGUGGCCUUGACGGAACAGAGCCCUGCUUCUGUGAGCUUUGUUGAAGAAAACCACCUUGUUCCUGUUCUUUUCCAAGUCAUCUUGGAACACCAAGACAGUAUACUAGGUAACACAAUGCAAAGUGUAAUCGCCUUACUGAAUAAUUUGGUUGCUAACAAAAGCACAAACAUGAUGCUACUCUAUGAAGAAGGACUGGCUCAUCACAUCUGUAAUCUCCUAAUAGAAACUGUGGCUCUGUACUUGGAGGCAGAUGAUAAAAGCAGCACCAAGACAGCAAAUGCACUGCUGCUGUCCUUGCUUGACAUUUUGCACUGCAUGCUGAUGUAUACAGCAAACAUUGUACGCCUGACUUUACAGGCACAGAAAUCUGGCAUAGGAGGGGACACAGAGGCUGCUGAAGACCUUCUGCUUAUCAAUAAACCCCUGACGGACCUAAUUAGCCUGCUUAUUCAACUGCUUCCCAGUGAAGAUCUUGAAAUAUUCCAGAAUGCAUCACAGUGCUUAUCAUUACUGGUUCAGCUGUACGGAGGGAACAGUCAGGAGAGCCUGUCUCCAGAAAACAUGGACAGCUUUGCUGAAGUACUGAAGUCCAAAAAAGAUACAAGACAACUGAAGCUUUUGUUGAGAAUUAUAAAGAGACUGGUAACUUCAAACGCAAAGCACUGGGAGAGCGUGAAGAAUGGUGGCGACACUCUUAUCCAGGCUCUGGAGAGACUGGCCCAAACUGCCAGCUCCCAUGCUGAUGUUGCUGUUGCUUCCUUGGCAUUUGAAAUUCUGAAAACAGUGGGAUGUGACAAGCUCAAGCCUACCAAGUGAACCAUUUUUGACCAGGGUGAUGGCAUGCACAAGUUGUGCAGCUGCUCAGCACUUCUGGCCUGUAUGAACUGCUUCAAAUGAGCCAGGCAGACCUAAUUUAGCCAGCUAGCUGAGUUUUCUCUGUGGAUGAGCAUAUGCAUGACUUUGAAAGGAAGGAAAACUGCCCCCCCCCCCCCUUCUUUUUUGGUCAGGGUGAAUCCUUGCUCUUGUACCUAUUGACAUUAUGUGAUGUAUUUCAAGUAUUUAUUUGACAUUCAGCAUUUGGAAAGUGUAAAUUAAAUAAAUAUAACAGUACAGUUAUUUCACAAGAUGAGCAAAACGUGUUUCAUUAUUUUAAGCUGUCAGGAUUUCUUUUUUUUUACAUCAGGUGACUGCCAGAACUGUUCUUCUUAAGGGGUCAUCUCAUUCAUGCCUAGGGCUAGUUCUAGAUAAUACCUUUCAACCAAAAAUAAAAUUUACUUCAUCUCAUACAACCAGAAUCAACCUUGUGAUCACAUAAAGGCUAAGUAUUUGUGUAUGAUGUGUCAUGUAAGCAUGCUAGAGCAAGUUUUUACCUAAUAUCAUGGGUUCUUUUGCAAGAAUCUUUGUACCUCUGUUGCCUAGUACUGCAAGGCUUGGAGCUGCUCUGGUGAAGCAGUGUUGUUCUCAGCUGACAGCCUGCCUGCCUGCCCAGCCUCUUUGAAAACAGGUGAGCUAAUUCUACUUUUUUUGUUGUUGUCAUUUAUCCACAAUAAAAGAUUUGAUAAUCUAAGAAGAGCCCUCUAGAACUAUCAGAUGCCAGUGUAAAGCAGUAACAUCACUUUUCUCUCCAUUCCCUGGGAGAAUUAAGAUCAGGUAAGUCUGGUGCUUCUCGCUUUCUUGGUGAAGUUUAUCUUUCAAAGUAGCAGCUAUGUUAUUGCCACACCUAAGGCAGUUACCUUAUUGAAAGUUGCCAUUAUAAGCUUAAUUUUGGAGAGAGCAGUUCUCUGACUGAUGAUCAGGCAAGCAAACAACACAAGGCAAAUAAAAUGACUUUAGUUUGUA